AUUAAAUUUAUUCCCAAACAUUUGGUCAAGUACAGUCAGAUAGUUAAGAAUGGAAAGACGCACAACGUCAUCCGGGAAGUGUACUUCAUGAUUAAAGCAGCAGGUGGACCAGCAGAUAUCCCAUCUGGGAGAUCUGCAGCUACCUCCCUUCUUGACUGUUUUGAUCUGGAGGACCACCUUAUCCUGGUUAUGGAAAGACCACGCAACUGCAAGACUCUCUUGGAUUACCGCCGUGACAAAGAAGACCACCUGGCGGAAGAUGAGGCCAAGGUCAUCAUGGAGCAGAUGAUAGAUGCGGCCAUUGACAUGCACUCGAAGGGAGUUUUUCACAGAGACAUCAAACUUACCAACAUCCUUGUUGAAGUUGAUCCUCCUGGAUCUGAGGUCCCACGGGUCCGGGUGAUUGAUUUUGGAUGUAGCUGCCAAGAGGAGCUGGAACCUUACGAUAGAUUCAGUGGAACCUUAUGUAUAGCUCCCCCAGAGUGGUUCACGGAAGGACAGUAUAUGGCCAGACCCACAACAGUGUGGCACCUGGGAGUACUGCUAUACAAUCUGCUGGAUCACCCAGGUUCAUUUAAAACAUCCACAUAUAUUGCCAAGAAGAUGACACUCAACUCCACACUAUCAACAAGAUGCAAGGAUUUUUUAAGGCAAUGUCUGACGCCAUAUCCACACGACCGCAUCACCUUGGAGGAGCUGAAGCACCAUCCCUGGAUCAGAGAAUAAGCGGAAGACUGUGUGGUAGGACCACUGUGGGAAGCAUGACAACACCCCCCCA